GAGGUUUGGCGAGGAGGUGAGUGACCAACAACACCAUCUUCUGGUUGGUGUAGUUAGUGAGCACCUUUAACCUUUUGGAAGAAGAAGGAAAAGACUGUCAAAUAGAUCAGUAUAUACGGACUUGGUAACUGAUGCUCGAGUUUGUCAAGUUACAUAAUCUUUCACUUGAACCACUUCUUCACAGUUGGUGUCAAGAAGUAAGAUAAUACCUUAGGAAGCACAUCAAAGUACUGAAAAUGCAAAGCAAUACUUUAAAGAGGAUGACCUUUCAUAAGAGACUGAUCAUGAGCAGCUUUACAUCACUUACAUACCAAGCCACAAGACCACUCUCUACUGCCAGCCUAAAGACUCAAAAUCACUAUGAAGUACUGGGAUUAGGAAGAGACUGCACACCAGCUGAUAUUAAAGAAUCGUUUCUCCGUUUGUCAAUGGAGCUUCAUCCUGAUAAAAAUCCGGACUCUCCAAAACACCACCAACAAUUUGUUGCCAUGAAUGAAGCUUACUCAGUUUUAAGUAAGCCUCACUCACGUCUUGCAUAUGAUGCAGAUCUCGCAUUCCAAGAACGUCCAAACAUGCACACUUAUGGUGACAUAAGGACAGAUGCUCCACGAGAAAGAGUCAUAUUCCGAGAUGAAACGCUAUGGGAAAAUCGAGACAGAAGUGAAGACCACAAAUAUGAAGGGCGACCUUACUAUGGAAUACGAGGCAUUGAUAAAAAGCUGCCAAACUCAUACAUUGCAGCAGGAGCCAUUCUCUUCAUGGUUGUUGGUGCUAUCUUCCAUUUCUUCAUUGCCAAGAAAUCCUCUGAUUUUGCCAUCGAGCACCUAAAUCGUCGUGACAGAAUUGCAGGUGAGCAUCAUCGGUUCGCAAAAGAACAAGCUAGGCUUAAUGGAAAUGAACUGCAGAUGCUACUGUUUAGACAAAAAAGUGAAGAAGAAACUCGAAGAAAGUAAAUAAUAUAUGAGUAGAGUAUAUUGUAUAAGCAGUGAAACUCAUUAGUACUUCAUAAGAGAUGGCAGAUCACAGAAUAAACAUAGUGACACAGAAACACAUGACAGAAUAAACAUUACAUGACAAAAUUAACCUCAUAUGUCAUGAAGCCAUAUACUGUACAUGUCCAUUUGCCUAUUCCAGUGCAUGUGUGUUGUUGAUACAGCAAUGGUAAUAGUUUUAGUGGUUUACAUGUACAGUAUUGCUACAGACAUUCUAGUACACAUUCUUCAGAUUUAGAUUACCGGUAAACCCUUCGUGAAAAUUCUAAUGAAUUACAGUACAGCAUUAUCUAUUGUAUAACUAUUUUUUGCUUUUAUGACUAAACUAAUAUAAGGAUACAGUACAGUAUACACUUUGAACUGCCAACAGUUGGAAACCUGAACAAGAAAACUCAGUCAGAAUCUUACUCUUUUAAACAGUUAUUUAUUAAAUACUGUAUAGAGUAUUCAGUUUAGUUUCAUAUACGUAGUGGAAGUAUGCAAUAGAAGGUUAGUCUUAAUUCUUUGCUUACAAAUGAUACUUCAUAUUUAGGUCCUGGAUGAAACCUUUCAUUCUCACCUGGGAGAAGUGGCACUGUAUAUAAUAUAUAAUAUUUUUCUGUAAGGUUCUAAAGAUACUGUAUUAAAAUAAAAGAUUUAUGACGAUUUUGUGUACCGUAUUUGUAGGCCUUUAAGAUGCACCCCCCUCCCCAGCAUUUUAUACAUGUAUAUUACCAAAUAUUUUUGAGAAAGGGAUGGUCAUUUUUAACAUUUAUGCCUAGGGUCACAUGCAGUCUCUUGUGUUACUAAAUUAAAUAGACUCACGGAAUGGUUUACCAGCCCAAGCUGUAGAAUCAAGAACAGUACUGGACUUCAAAAUAGCCCUUGACAAAAUUAUCAAGAAUAAUGUCUGGAUCCUACACAGACCACUUUACCUCACCAUGGCCACCUCUAGUGGGUGACCAUUAGGUAUAAAAGGUAAAUAAAAUACUGAAAAACACGCAAAAACACAAGAAACGUAAGGCAUAUUAUCACAGACAUAAAGUAACGCCUAAAUGGUAAGCCAAAAGGCUGAAGCAAACUCAUUACUCCCUGUACCUCCUGUCCCUGCAUUCAUAAACAAUAUCGCCUACCUUUCUUAUGUUAUUUCAUAACUGUACUACUUCAAGCAACAUUUGUAUACCUUACUACAAUAUCAAGAUGAAAUAAUUAAGCUAAAGCCAUUCAGGAAAAGCUAUUUAUGAAAGUUUAACACAACCUCCAUUUGCAUACACACAGUGUGCAACCAAAAGAAAACACUUGGAGCUAGCACAGCUGAUGAGGUAGAUUGGAGUGGCAUUCUGCUAAAUUAUACAUUACCCCAUGGCUCAAAAGUAAUGAAGAUAGUUACAAUAUGAAGUAACAGCUUGAUGAUAUUUCAGUCUUCGAGGAUGGUGAUUUUCCAGGUGGCUUUGAGGAUGAUGGAUAAAAUUUUAUGCUACUUUUUUUUUACCUCUGCUGCUUGCUAUAUAAGAUAUACAAAACUAACAUUUUAGGCAUAUAAUCAGCAAUAAUUAAAGCAUAUAAAUAAUAAGGAAAGCAUAAAAAUGCAAAAAUACUCUAAUACAAGUUAAUGUACACAAUGCAUCACAGUCUGAGGAAUGCUAGCUGGCUGACUGCCCUCGAGGCUUGCCAUAGCAAUGCAACCCAGCUGGGACGCUGCCCCAUAGCAGUGGGUCUCCCUCACUCCGCUCCCUCUCCCUGCUAAAUUUUGCGCUCGCACGAAGAAAUAUUUUUCCCUUUAUGCUUUUGACUGUUUUUAAACUUAUGAUUUUUUCUUCACAUUCUGUAUGUAGGAUUGUGUGUGCAUGUAACAGAGUAAAAAAAAUGGAGAAAGAAUCUAGGGGUAUGGUAGGCAAGCCCAGGUUAAAGGAGCUUACUGGUAAGGUUAGCUUCACAUGUACCGGGUUGCUAUUGUUCACCGUAACUGAUCCAUGAAAAUGCAUGAAUAUUAUUACAUAUCUGUAACUUAUGAUUACCUAUUGUAUUCCAGUAGUCUGUAUAUACAGUACUACUGUAUUUAGCAUUACAAGCACAAAAUCUGAUGUUUUUCCCCCAAAAAAAACACAAAAUUCACUUUAAAUACAUGUUACCAAUUGUACUUUUCCCCCCCCCCAAAAAAAAUAUUUAUUGUAAAAUGGGGGUGCAUCUUAUAAGCUGGCAAAUACAGUACACUAUUUUUUUGUAAAUUAUUAUAUUUUUUUAUGUAUAUAUGAAAUGUAAAUACACUAUAAAGGCUAUUCAUUCUACAGAAAUACAGUAUGAAUCCUGUCUACCUAAGAAUCCUUUGAUAUUUUAAAUACCAUUUACUACUGAAGACUUGAAAUCUCCUUCUACACAAAUCAUUGUAAUGGUAAACAACUACAACACAAAUGACUUACCGGUACUGUAAUUUGUAGAUCUUGACCAAGAUUCACCAAUCUGCAGCCCAUUGAACUGUGGGAAUAAAACGUAAAUAUACAAAAUCUGUUCAUAUCCACACUUGUAAUUUGAUACACUGGAAAUAACUACAAAAUACACAGUACUGUACAAUAUUUUUGUAACAAAGUAAAAAAUGUCAAAUUUAGAAAUGCUUUAUUAGCAAUGUAAGACAUAAUAAAACAAUAUUUUCAAACUGCCAUCAAUAAAAAUCCUGACCUCUUCU